GCCUGCUAGCCUUGACAGAAUGAUCCAGCCACAACAUGGUUUCAGCAAACGCUAACCCACUUCUCAAUGCCUUUGAACCACCCAAACAACCUCUCCCCACACCAGAGGUGUUAUCGGUUUCCCAGCAUGCCUCAGGAGUGGAGGUGUAUGAGGGGGCGGAGUCUGUCCUGCUGCCCUGUCAGGUACCAGCUGAUGCUUCCAGGAGCUCCACAGCAGCAGUGUGGGACCGUGAGGAGCUCAGUAACCCAACAGUUCACCUGCGUAGGCAGAAAAGUGACAAUCUUUAUGACUGUGAUGAUCUUAGUGGUCAGAAUGAUCGUUACAAACAUCGAACAUCAAUGAGAGUCGACGCUCUGCAGACUGGAGACCUCAGCCUCACUCUGAGGAAACCCACAGUCUAUGACAGUGGAACCUACACCUGCACCACUCGCAGGGCUGGAGAAGAUCUGAGCAAAACUGUAGUACAGCUGAAGGUCAAAGAACCUCCUCCAGUCUGGCCCAUAGUCCUCUCAGCUGUGCUGGUCACUCUGAUCAUCCCGGCUGCUGCCUUUGGUCUGUGUGUGUGCUGUGCAUUUAUAAGGAAGAAGAGGAGUGACGGAGGUCGGGGAGCAGACCUGUGGAGCUGUGGGGGUGACAGCUGAGACGGAGCGUCUACCUCUGCUUUUCAGGCCUGUUUCUGCUGACUGCUGCAGGUGUGUGUGUGCUGCUGCUGUCCUCUCUGGCUGUUCCUACAGGUGAGUUGAUGAUAAGGAAAAAACACUAAUAAAUGAAAGAGGAGGAGGGAGGAAAGUCCUCCUCCCUCAUUAGAGGAGCUCUGACAAGAUGCAGCAGGGCAAAUGUUGUCAGUCUGCGUCACCUUUUAGAUAAUUUAGGUAGAUUUACAUAAAGCACCUUGAGGUUGUUGUGAUUUGGUGCUAUAUAAAUAAUAUUGAAUUGAAUUUUAGAUCUCCCUCAUGUUUGGUCCUGGGGUCAUGCAGUGUAAUGUUCUCAGAGCUUUUCUGGCAUUGCUGUGUGACAGGAUGACUUUUCUUGCACACCCACCACAUGAGGGCGCACAUGCUUCCACGCCCACUGGUGACUGCACACAUCCUUUCAAGGAAGCAUUUCAUUCAUCCCUAAAACUGGAACAAAACACUGUGCAGCGUGUUCAGGUUUGAACGUGGCCCUGGCCUCUCUCUGCAUCCACCUGCAUCGGCACAUACGACACCACUCCCUGCUGAACUGCUUAUAUCUGAUGUGUUGAAGUUUUGGUAAAGUUUGAAUAAAUUCCACUUUAUUUAUAGGAACAUUUCAUCUGUGGACUCCUGCUUCCCACUCUCCUUGAGCCAAUUUGUGACGGGAACAUGACAUAAGA